CCUAAGCCUAGGGUCUUGGCUCCUCAGGGUGCUGCGGCAGGAUGUCCGCCCCGGGAGGCGUCAACGGGAGCUCGGAGCCCGCGCCACCCCUGGCGCCCAACAUCACCGUGCCCCACCGCUGCCUGCUGCUGCUCUAUGAGGACAUCGGCACCUCCAGGGUCCGGUACUGGGACCUCCUGCUGCUCAUUCCCAACGUGCUCUUCUUCAUCUUCCUGCUCUGGAAACUUCCAUUUGCUCGGGCCAAGAUCCGCGUCACCUCCAGCCCCAUUUUUAUCACCUUCUACAUCCUGGUGUUCGUGGUGGCCCUGGUGGGCAUCGCCCGGGCCGUGGUGUCCAUGACCGUCAGCACCUCAGACCCUGCGACUGUUGCCGACAAGAUCCUGUGGGAGAUCACCCGCUUCUUCCUGCUGGCCAUAGAGCUGAGCGUGGUCAUCCUGGGUCUUGCGUUUGGCCACCUGGAGAGCAAGUCAAGUAUCAAGCGGGUGUUGGCCAUUACCAUCGUGCUGUCCCUGGCCUAUUCUGUCACCCAGGGGACCCUGGAGAUCCUGUACCCCGACUCCCACCUCUCCGCGGAGGACUUCAACAUCUACGGGCACGGGGGCCGCCAGUUCUGGCUCGUCAGUUCCUGCUUCUUCUUCCUGGUCUACUCCCUGGUCGUGGUCCUCCCCAAGACGCCGCUGAAGGAGCGCAUCUCCCUGCCCUCGCGGAGGAGCUUCUACGUGUACGCGGGCAUCCUGGCGCUUCUCAACCUGCUGCAGGGGCUGGGGAGCGCGCUGCUGUGCGCCGACGUCAUCGAGGGCCUCUGGUAGGCAGGGGCUCGGGAGGGGACACGGUUCUGCCCU